CCGCUCGUUCGGCGCGGGGCGGGGCGGCGAGCACGCGCCGCAGGCGGCUGCCUGUCGAGCGCCACUUUAUGCUCCACGGACCCUAUUUCUGGCGCAGUCUCCCCGAGUCCCCGCCGUCUGAGGGAGACGUCCCCGACACUCGGCGGGACCGGCCCCGGGGGAUGGAGGCGGCCGGUCCCCACAGCCCUGGCGGAGCCCCGAGGAAACGGCCGCGUGCGGCCUGACCACCGUCUUCGCCCUAGGCCCAUAGGCGCGUGACCCGGGCGGGCCGCGGACGUAAGGGCGGUGAGCGGCGGGGCCGCGGCGCCGAGGGGGGCCGUGCUCGUUCCCCUCCGCUCGCAGGUCGCGCGCGCGCGUGCUCCCGCCGCAGCGCCGGCCGCGCCCGCCCCGCCUCUCGGCGCCGGCUCUGGAGCUCGGUCCGCGAGCGGCGGCGGCGGCAGCGGCCGGAGGGACGAUGAGCGGCGCGGCGCGGGCGGGCACGGCCCGGCUCGCCGCGCUCGCGCUGCUGACCUGCAGCCUGUGGCCGGCGCGGGCGGACAACACGAACCAGGAGUACUACACGGCGCUCAUCAACGUGACAGUGCAAGAGCCCGGCCGCGGCGCCCCCCUCACGUUUCGCAUCGACCGCGGGCGCUACGGGCUCGACUCGCCCAAGGCCGAGGUCCGCGGCCAGGUGCUGGCGCCGCUGCCCAUCCACGGAGUUGCUGAUCAUCUGGGCUGUGAUCCUCAAACACGGUUCUUCAUCCCUCCUAAUAUCAAACAGUGGAUUGCCUUGCUGCAGAGGGGAAAUUGCACAUUUAAAGAGAAAAUAUCACGGGCUGCUUUCCACAAUGCAGUUGCUGUAGUCAUCUACAACAAUAAAUCCAAAGAGGAGCCAGUCACCAUGACUCAUCCAGGCACUGGAGAUAUUAUUGCUGUCAUGAUUACAGAAUUGAGGGGUAAGGAUAUUUUGAGUUACCUGGAGAAAAACAUCUCUGUACAAAUGACAAUAGCUGUUGGAACUCGAAUGCCACCAAAGAACUUCAGCAGAGGCUCUCUAGUCUUCGUGUCAAUAUCCUUUAUUGUCUUGAUGAUUAUUUCUUCAGCUUGGCUCAUAUUCUACUUCAUUCAGAAGAUCAGGUAUACACAUGCACGCGACAGGAACCAGCGUCGUCUUGGAGACGCAGCCAAGAAAGCCAUCAGCAAACUGACAACCAGAACAGUAAAAAAGGGCGAUAAGGAAACAGACCCCGACUUUGAUCAUUGCGCAGUCUGCAUAGAGAGCUAUAAGCAGAAUGACGUUGUCCGGAUUCUCCCCUGCAAGCAUGUUUUCCACAAAUCCUGCGUGGACCCCUGGCUUAGUGAACAUUGUACCUGCCCUAUGUGCAAACUUAAUAUUUUGAAGGCCCUGGGAAUUGUGCCAAAUUUGCCCUGUACUGAUAACGCAGCUUUCGAUAUGGAAAGGCUCACCAGAACCCAAGCCCUUAACCGGAGAUCAGCCCUAGGCGACCUCGCCAGCGACAACUCCCUUGGCCUCGAGCCACUUCGAACUUCGGGGAUCUCGCCUCUGCCUCAGGACGGGGAGCUCACUCCUAGGACAGGCGAGAUCAACAUCGCAGUGACAAGUGGCCACUUCUUUCAUCGAAACUCUUUGUCCCCACGGAGCCUGGUUUAUGAAAGUGAAUUCUCGACCAUCGAACCUUCUCUGGAUAUGUAUGAUGAAAACAAAACCUGACUUUUUAAAUGGGCAGUUGGGGGCCGCCUCUGCUGGGGUUUGGUUUAUGAUCCCCUUCCUUAUUUUGUGUUCCUCUGUCGGCAUCUAUGUGGGGAGAAGAAUGGCAGGUUUUCUGGGCACAGGCAGCACUCAGGGUUAAGUUGCAAAGUUCCCCCAAGGGGAGGCUUUGAAGACAGCAUCAUUGCCCAGUGACCUCGUGGCACCGGAAACCUGCCCAAGGCUGGCCCCUGGCCAUGGGCCCCGACACACCUGGCUGUUUGCAGAGACGGGGCUGGGCCCAGGGGUUAAUGUCACAUUGCAAAUGUGUCUCUGAGUAACCACAUGCUAUUCUCUGUCGGAUGACUGGGGGCUUUUAAAUACCCUUUGUGCCCCCCACUUACAGUACACACACACUGAAGCACGCAGACACAGCUCUUCCUGACACAGGGCCAAGUCGCCACUCCAUGGCCUGUCCACAUUUUCCUUCUCUCUCGCUCUUCCUGUGACAGGGCCUGUCCUUGAAGUUUCCUGAGAGGAAGCCUUGCCCUUUGUCCCUCCUCUGAGACUGACCACCCAGAGCCCCAUGGUGAGGGCUGUGGGCUGUGCAGGGCGGGCAGGCAUCUGUGUUGCCAUUUCCAGCCUCCCUCCCUAGAGCAUGACAUAAAGUGACACAAGCUUACAUGAUCCCUGAGACUCCUAAGGCCCUGCCUCUGAGGCCUGUGGGUUUGUCGGCUGGGCAUCUGCUGAGGUGUGUGGGGAGGUGGCGCCCGGGCACAGUGAUCUUGGGGUGAUGGCCAGUGAGUGUCAGAACCAGACAGUUUUCAGCACUUUCUUGAGAACAUCAGACCACCUCCUUGCUAGCAGAAACCAGAUGAUCAGCCCUCUUUCAUCUUCACCGGUCUAGCCGCUCACCUCCCACCAGCUGCAACAUCUGCAUGAGGAAGGCAUGGAAACUUACAGAAAAAGGCACGGUGGCCAGCGUGAUGGACAUCAGGGACACAUGGGCUCUUCCCACCAACUUAGGGUAACCUCAGGUGAUCAUCAUGAGAAAUGUGUUUCUUAAGGGUAAUCCCGAUGUGAAGCCAUGGUGAACAGACUUUUAAAGCAAACCCACACACCCUUUGCAAGGACACAGCACGUCCAGCCUGUUUCUCCUAUCUACGCACGCAGCAGAGAGGUGCAAGUCCAUUCAGAUCCUCAGGUCCUGUUAUGAGAAUGGAAACUGCAGCUUCCACAUGCCUAGAGUUGGAUCUGGCCAUGAACCACACAACCCGUGAAUUCCCUGCCUGGCCUUUUUACUGACUGAAAAAGUUUGAGGUUGGACACUUGUCGUAUUUCUGUGUGCAGCUGGCUUCUCCUCUUCGACACCAUCCCUGCUUAUGAUACGUUGCUAAGAUGCCUCAAGAUGAUGAUGCAGGUGCCCAGAACAGCAGCCCUCAGAGUACUGGGGUGCUGACAGCCCUUAGAAACGGCAGCUCCCAGUAGCCAGCGGCAUUUUGUUGAUGAUGGUUUGGGGCUGCAGCAGUCCAGAUUUUUAAGGUCUUAGCAGUUUUUUCUUUUUACCUUUAACCAAGGGCUUUUGGUUUUUUUUUCCUUUUUAUAGUCUUUGUACUAUAAAAGUAUUUUUGAUAACCAGUUUCAAGAGAGCACUGUUCAGAAAGACAGGUCUGCCUGCUGGCUUUGUGGAGAUUGUGAUUGUGUCAGGAUUGGAACUAAAUUGGCUGAAGGUUCCAGGCAUGCACCUGCAUCUAGCUUUCCCUUGGCUCAUCUGACAGAGAAGGUGGCUCAGUACUGCCUGGGUUUUCUGCACCACAGCCUUGUUUUCCUGAACCAGAACUCAGACCCUGACAGAGCAUCUCCUGAUUUGUGCAGUCUUGUACAAGCACAUAACUUAACUUUCACUCAAGACCUUCCUUUACUGGAAAGAUAUGAAAUGACGAGAAGUUCAAAAUUCCAGCUCCUAAAAAUCCAUCUAUUAGUAUUUGAAUUCCUGGUAAAUCUAGGGCACACAUUCACUGUCAAAUAACCGAGCAGGCAUUUCCUACAGGGGAAUUCACUCAGAAUAGUACUUCAGAUCCCAGCUCCACAGCCUUUUUAUAAAAAUUGAGGCCACUUUCCUGCUCAGCUAUGAAACGUCCCACUGUCAGGAGGGACAGUAACUUCUCCGUGAAAGUCAUACACACGGGGAAUCAGGGGGCUGGCAUUAUUUGUCCCCC